UUCCACAGAAAGUGAUUUUAUCUUUGGCUUUAUUUUACUAUAAUAGUUUUUUUAGGCAUUGGUUCCAGUUUAAACCACUUUGCCCACAUAUCUUUUCACCCCUGGUUUUUGGGACUCGUUUUAGUGACAUUAGUGUCCCCCAGUGACCUUCACAGUGACCUCCACUGUCUCAGCUCCAUCUCCCCCCCGGACCAUGUGGCUGCUCCGCCUCGCGCUGCUGCUGCUGCUGCUCCGGUUCUCCGGUGUUCUGCUCGUGGAGGGCUUCAACACGUGCCACUCCAUCAACCUGGACGCGCAGAAGUCGCGGCGCAUCGAGGCGGUACGCGGGCAGAUCCUCAGCAAGCUGCGCAUCCGCACCCCACCGGACAAGGACGACGAGGACCAUCCCUCCGGGUCCGUGCCCCCAGAGGUCGUGCUGCUCUACAACAGCACGCGGGAGCUGCUGAAGGAGCGUGCGCGGCUGGCCGAAUCCGCGUGCGACCGCGAGAGCAGCGAGGAGGAUUAUUACGCCAAAGAAGUUCAGAGGAUCGACAUGCUGCCCCCCCGCACCAACACAAAUGCGGUUCAGCCAUCAGCCCCCAACCCACAUUACAGAGAGGUCCACUUUGACGUCAGUGGAGUGGAUCUGACCAACAGCACGCUGACGAAGGCCGAGUUCAGGAUCUUCAGAGCUCCCAACCCGCAGGCCGGGGCCUCGGAGCAGAGAGUGGAGAUCUACCAGCUAUUGAAGGCAGACGAGGAGAGCACCUCCACUCAGCGUUAUAUCGACUCCCGCACCGUUCAGCCGAAGGCGAAGGGAUCCUGGAUGUCCGUGGACGUCACCGAAACCAUCAAGGACUGGAUUUCAGAUCCAGAGAAUAAUCUCGGCCUGAAGUUGGGCGUCCACUGUCCCUGCUGCACCUUCGUGCCGUCCACCAACAACAUCGUGCCCAACAAGAGUGAGGAGCUGGAGGCUCUGUUUGCAGGUGUGGAUGACGAGCUGCUCCGUCAGAUGAGAAAGCCCGGUAAGGUCAAAGGUCAGGCAGACUUCAGCACCAAGACGCCGCACCUCAUCCUCACCAUACUGCCCAGCGACAGAGUGGACAACCUGCCCAAGAAGAACCGCAAGAAGAGGGCGGCCGCCACAGAAACCACCACCUGCUCCCGUGGCUCUGAGCAGGGCUGCUGUCUGCGCUCGCUCUACAUCGACUUCAGGCGGGACCUCAACUGGAAGUGGAUCCACGAGCCCAAAGGCUACAAAGCCAACUUCUGCGCCGGCAACUGUCCUUACAUCUGGAGCGCCAACAACCACUAUAACAUGAUCCUGCCGCUGUACAACAAGCUGAACCCCGAGGCCUCGGCCUCGCCCUGCUGCGUUCCUCAGGCCCUGGAGCCCCUCACCAUCAUGUACUUUAUAGGCCGCACACCUCGCGUUGAGCAACUCUCCAACAUGCUCGUCAAGUCCUGCAAGUGCCGCUGAGGUGAGGGAGGAGAGUGAUUACAGGACCAAAACUACAAACUGUUUAAAUAAUAACGACGAGAGGACAGAGGGAUCUUUAUCCAUUCAUCUCCACUGUUUGACCGCCUUUAGCAGACUUUAGAGAUGUUAUAUUUUUACUCCAAUAUCCCAUUCUUUACAGGCAUGUGAGUGUCAUCAUGGGAAACAAAUUCAAUCUUUCGUUCAUUCUCUGGAUCUUUCCGUCUGAUAGAGGACACUGUAAAUAUGACAACAUAGCUGUAUUAAACCUGUAC